AUGCCAUUGAAACAACCAGUGAAUCACGUUCAACUGAUACCAGACAUUGUGCUGGAGUUGGCAUGGAGACAUGGCCUUAAUGACUUUGCCAUGCCAUAUUUGAUUCAAUCUUUACGGGACUUCACUCUUAAGGUUGAUUCGUUAGAAAAAGCAAAUGCUGAAAGAUCAGCAAAAGAAGAACAAGAAAAAUCUGAGAAUGGAAAUCAACGUUUACUUACUCAAGGCUCAGCGCAAGGUGUUGUUCCCCAAGGUUUUGGCUCAUCAUACAAUGGUAUGAAUAAUAUGUCUCCUUAUCCAAGUGGUGGCUUUUAA